CAUGUGUUUUGUCUGAUGUAAUGAUUUUUUGAUUGUGUUUUUUGAAUUGAAUUAACUGUGAAAACAAGUGAUUGAUUUUGGGAACCGUUGGAAACACUACUAACUGUUGCGACAAUGCUUUCGCUGUCCGGACAGGCGGUCACUCAACGCGUGUUGUCUUCGCUGAGACACAAAUGCAUUCAAACACUGCAUACGAGAGUCAAUCAUAGGCUCAACACUAACUCUCAAUCGCUCAAUGAGUUUCACAAUCAACUCAAACGACUCGACAAUAAUAUCCGAAGACUCGGCAAAAUCACUAUCAAUGAUGUCAACCAUUGUCUCCAAGAGUUGAUCAAUACAAAGGGAAAUAUACGGCCGACGACUUCGCAAAGUCUUCUUCUCAUCAGAAGUUGCGGUUCUCUGGUCUCGGAUGAGAGCCAUCAAAAGCGAAGAGAUGUGUGUCAAACCAUGUUUGAGACGCUCUCCAAGACCUCAGACUUGGAUAUCUCUCAUUACAAUCAAUUGUUGAGAGUAUAUGUCGAGAAUGAGUUUGAUUUCGAUGCCAUCGACUACUUGGAGAAAAUGCAGGCCAAAGGUGUGGAACCAAAUCGGGUGACGUUUGUGCUUAUGAUUGAACGCUUUUGCCAAACGGGAAACAUAUCGGAAGCCAUUAGGAUAUUAGAGCACAUGAGGAAUAAGGAUAUGGCUAUCAGUGAGUCUGUCUUUAACUCACUUAUUAUUGGCUACGGAAGAGCCGGUGAUUUGGAAACCGCUCACCAGAACCUGGAAAUGAUGAAAAACGCAGGCAUUGAGCCCACAGUCGACACCUAUACCGCCCUUCUCUGCGCCUAUGCUUUGAAUAUACAAAAACCAGAAUCUGAAGCAAAAUUCAAUGAAAUUUUAGCCGAAGCUAAAGACAAAGAAAUCGAUUUCUCAGAAAGAGAUUACUUUAAAGUGAUUAAAACUUUAGCAUUGGUUGACUCCGACCACAAACUAUUGGACCAAAUGCUGAGCAAAAUCGGGAAAACCAUUAAUUAUAACAGAGAGUGUCNAAAGAAAUCGAUUUCUCAGAAAGAGAUUACUUUAAAACAAUGGAUGCGUCGGAACAGCAGUUUAACCGGAAGACAGUCGGCAAUCCUGUCAUCCGAGACAAUGGAUGCGUCGGAACAGCAGUUUAACCGGAAGACAGUCGGCAAUCCUGUCAUCCGAGGUAUGAUUAACGCCAACAUUUCUCCCGAAACUGUUAUCGCGUUUUGCGAAAGUCUUGAAGCGAACGGCAAGAAUGAGUUUGCCAUCAAAAAUGCCACCGAAUUGGCGUUACUUCACGCAAAUGUAUCGCAUUGUCGACAAUAUCUCAAGCGUUUAAGUCGUAACCAACCCAUGAAAAUGCAUUAUUUCUAUCCUCUUAUAGUCAAGUGUCGUAAUGAGAAUGAGAUUCUGGAAGUGUUGAGUGAAGAUUUAGCAGCGUUUGCCGGCGGCUCUUAUUCACAACUCACUGAACUUUUCAUUGACUAUAUUUGGCCCAAAAAUAUCAUCGAUUUUGAAACAUUUCUUGAAAAAUGCAAAUUAUAUGGAUUUUCAUAUGUUAUUACAUUUAAUUCAUUGCUUCGGUUCCACAUUAACAACAAUCGGAUCGAUGAAGCGAUUGCACUCAUGUCUUCGCCCCACUAUUCUUCAGUCAAUUUAGGAAAGAGAGACCUAAUGUCUGCCCUAACAGACGCUAUAUUCCGACCCAAUCCUAAUAUCAAAAAAAUUGUUAGCGCUCUUCAGAUACUACACAAGAAUCCGUUGCGAACGGCACGAGCGCCAGAAAUGGAGACAACCGACCCUUUCGGACAGUUUUUGCUGAAUAUUAUAAGAAGUUCGAGACAUUCAGACAGUCUUUUGAAACAAAUUUUGCAAUCAUAUAAUCAAUUAUCUAUGAAAGUAAGCGAAGACUCAAUCAAUGCAAUUAGAGAUCGGAUUACUUUAAGUGACGAAAACGACGACUUAUUGAUUAAAUUAAAAUCUUCCGAUGACUUCAAAGGUGUUGUAACCCAUAGUUUAGACGAUGUAAUCAAACAAAGAAGAGAGAUGUCUAUUGAAGAACUCGAGGGACAUCUCAUUGAACUUCGCUCUAAGGGAUUGAAUACGAGAGGACUGUUGAGAAGUCUUCUUAUGGCUUACUGUCGGAGAACACGAUUUAAUGACGAAUCAAAUACUGAUGUUUUGGUAAAUGAGUCUCGAAAAAGAGUGAAACAAAUUGUAGACGACUUGAAAGCGUCGGAUCACGAGUUUACAAAUGCUAUGAAUGCUAUGCUUAUGGAGUUUUACGUCAAUAGCGGAGACAUUGAAUCCGCUCUUGAGAUGAAGAAUAAUAUUCCCAAAGAUUUUGAAAUCGAUUGCUACAAGAUUUUCAAUUUCGCGACACUUUAUGUCAAAAAUAAUGAGAUCAAUAAAGCGAUUGAUUUGAUUCAAAGCGAAAACAGAGAUAAAUCCGAAUCAUUCGACGGCGAAGAGACAAAUAUACAACACAUCAGAUCCAAAGAUAUGAGUAUUUUUAGAUUUAUGAGUAGUCUUAUCGACGCCAAAGUCGAUAUCAAACAAAUUCGCGAACUCUUUGAUCUGUGCAUUGAUUACUCAAACAUGACUCCGAGCGCUAUAAUGGCCGGACCUCUCGUGAAGUAUCACAUUCUUAAAGAGGACUAUUCGGAGGCAUUGAAGGAGUUCUUGAAUAUGGCUGAAAAAUACCGAAUCACUCCCUGGAAAAAUCAAUUGAUCCGCUAUUUCCUCGACAACGGCGACCAAAUAAGACUUCAACAAGUGAUCGACGCUUCCGACAAAAUUCACGGCGAAAUGAAUACAAUUAUGGAUUUGGCGGCCGUUUGUGUUGAGUGCGGAAAGUUAAAGCAGGCAAAGAAACUGUUGGACACACCCGGCCUUCGCAUUCGACAGCUCAAAGUGGACAACAUUUGCGACCAUUUUGUCAAAGAGGAUAAAAUCGACGAAUUGGAACAA